AUCGGAUUUAGAUGGGUGUGUGACUUCGUCAAUUUCCCUUGCUCUGUCGCUAUUUUUCGGGAUCUUCACGAUCUGGUUCUCAACCAUGCUUCCAAGGGUGAUGGGUAUGGUUGGUGGACCAUUGUCAACAAGAAAUCCCGAAAGAGGGGGGAUCCGAACUACAUCACGGCGUACCCUUACCUUAGCUCUGACCACAAUUGGAAGACGGAGUGGUUGCUCGUUCGUGUGCCGACGGAUCCGAAGCAUCCCAACUUUUAUCGUCCUCCGAAGUGGUUCGUGGCUCCUGAUCCUGAUAUGAGGGGUGUGGCAGCUCCAGAUCGGAAUCAUCGCCACUAUGUGGACCUUCUCCAGUGGUUCUUGGCUCAAGAGGAUAACUAUCGACUGCCGUCUAGCUGGCUCCCGAAUCUCAAUUACAUUUUGAGGGAGGACAUUCUUGCUGUUGCCGGUCUCAGCAGGAUUUUUGACAGGGGUAGGUGUCUUUCGGCUGAGACCUUUUUUUCAGUGAGUUUGUCCUUCUCUUUCCUGCUUCGUUUUGCUGACAUAUUUUGUGCUUUGUUUUUGCAGAGUACGGCUUUAGCUGCAUUGAUCCUAAGAAGUUGGGCAUUUCUUUGGAUUUGAAGACUAUUCACGACCCGGCUCCCGAGUACAAGUUCGGAAAAGAUAACCCUCGUAAUCCUCGCCUGAAGGAUUACGUGUUGUCUCCUUCGGGGGUUGCUCGGAUAUCCGAAGUUCGAGCUGAUCCGUGGGAUUCCGCCUCCUCUGUUGAAGCUGUUCCUGUGAAGGUUGUGCUUCCUGUGUUGAAGACAACUUCGGACCCGGAUCAACGCAAAAGGAAGGGUAGCACUCUUUUGAGGCCUUCCACGCAUCCGAAGAAAGCAAAGGCUUCUCAGCCCUCGGAGAAGGAAGCGGUUUCGGAAGUCAUGCCUCCUCCUAAGAAUCUUCUUCACUUCAUGCCCUUGCCAGGGCAGAAGUUAAAGAGUGUGGUGAUUGCUGAACCGCCGCCCGUGGACCAGCCGCUGAUCGAGGAAGAUAUCAUCCCCUCUCCACUGAAACCAUCUGCUGCUUUGGGGAUCGAAAUCCAGGAUAUCACCGAGGUGAUGGAGGCGAUUGAAGCCGAUUUUGUUCCUGGUUCGGAUGUCCCUGAGGUAGCUGGGGAGAAGAAGGAGUCUGCUGAUCUUCCCUUCGAGAGAGAGAAGAGUCCAGACAAGGAGAUGAUAGAUCUCUCGGGCCCCGAAGCUGCGGUUCCCGAGGUUCAGAAGGAGGUUCCCUCUGCUGGAGAGGAGGAGCAGCCCGAGCAAGGUCUGACGAGGAAGAGGCGCCACUCAACUUUGGGUUCUACUUCUACCUCGGCCCUGGAUAGGCUGAUCCAUGCUGAUCCCUGUUCGGAUGUUCCGCUAAAACGGAUCCCCGAAGAAGUAAGGGAGGCGAUGACUCGGUAUGCCAGGGCUCCGAUUUUGGGAGAGGACCCCUUGGCUCACGUGGGAUCCUUGAAGGCUGGGCAACUCCUCUCCGAGCUUACGGAAGUCAAGCAGCUAUACCUUCAGUAUAGUCGCGAGGCUAGAGAGUCUGCUGAGAAGAUUGGGGCCGAGGAGAUGAAGUCUAAAUUUGAAGCGGCCGACAAGGAGCAUAAAGAGGCGGAGUUAAGGCUUUGCCAUUUUGUCCAGCAUCGGGAGCUGAUCCAACAGCAAGCUGAUAAGGUGCCUGUCCUUCAGCUGAAGCUUCGGGAAAAGGAUGACUAUAUUCGGAAGUUGGAGCAGGAGCGAGUCGACCUCUACACUGCUGAUCAGUAUGAGGAGCAGAAGGUUGAACAAACGGUUGAUCUUGAUUACUAUCUUGGAUCGAGUGAUGGUCCCGGGGUUGUGAGUACGCCGGUGAAGUUGAGAGGUGCAUCAAAUUAUGAUGAAUGGACGUACUAA